CGAAACGAAAUUUAUUGUUGCAAAGUGCAUAACGUGAAUCUGUCGGGAUUUCCGAGUUAAUUUUAUGUGUUAAACUAAAUUAAAUAGUUUAGAAGAACUAAAUGACUCUGUUAAAAAAAGAACUAAAAUAAUUUUAGUGAUAGUAUUAUCAGUGUAACAGUUGUUAUAAUAUCGGUGUUUCGCACUUUCAUUUUUACAUCGUAGCUAAAUUUUGCAAAAUGACUUCUGCACUGUAUUUAGAACAUUAUUUGGACAGUCUGCAACAUCUGCCGAUAGAGUUGCAGAGAAACUUUAAGUUAAUGCGUGAUUUAGAUGACCGUGCACACGGAUUAAUGAGGACGAUCGACCUUAUGGCUGACGAGUUGCUACCACAAAUCCCGAAAAUGGACGAAGAAACCAAGAAAGAAAAGGUAAAUACCAUUCAAGGACUAUUUAACAAAGCCAAGGAGUACGGUGACGACAAAGUGCAACUUGCAAUACAGACCUACGAAUUAGUUGAUAAGCACAUACGUCGCCUUGACUCUGACCUCGCAAGAUUUGAAUCUGAGAUACAGGAGAAAGUAAUGAGCGCACGUGCCGCACAACAGGCCGCUGCCGACCAGGAACCAAAUGCUGCCACAGUCAAGAAGGGUAGAAAGAAGAGUAAAAUUAAUGACAAGACUGCAGCUACCACUGGCAAAAAGAAACGUGCAGGAGCGUCUAGCGAAGACGACGCUGUCGCUUCGGGCAGGUCGGCAGCAAAGAAAAAAGCGGUACGUAAAGGUGCAGCAGCUACUGCUAAUAAUUCUAAAGAACAGGAGGAAAAUGCAGAUUUAGAUUCUGUAGGAGGAAUGGCUCAUCCCAGUGAUGUGUUGGAUAUGCCUGUGGAUCCAAACGAGCCCACAUACUGUCUCUGCCAUCAAGUAUCAUAUGGAGAGAUGAUUGGAUGUGACAAUCCUGACUGCCCUAUAGAAUGGUUCCACUUUGCCUGUGUAGACCUUAAGAUCAAGCCCAAAGGUAAAUGGUACUGCCCUAAGUGUACUCAGGACAGAAAGAAGAAAUGAUCCACAGCCAAACCCUCGGCUAAGCAAACAGAUAAGACUGUAACUUUAAAGAAAGAAGUGAAGUGACUCAAUAGUAGUCUUUAAGUUAAAUUAUAAUAUAUUGUAUUAUAGCCCCAACAUGUGAAAUGUGAUGUACUUUAUGAUAAGUGGAUGUUACACCAAGGUGUACAAUAUUAUGAGGAAACAUUUAUACAAUACUUGAAAUGCGUGUGCAAUAAUUGUGAAAGCUAAGUUAUUGUAUUUUGUGUUGUUAUGUCAUUGUGAUAUAAAAACAGAAAAUAUGAUUAUAUAUAUUGAUUUAUAUCAAUU